GAGGGACCCUGGAGGGAGAGGGGCCUGGGCAUUGUUGCUGCAGCUCUGUGCCGGCCACCGUCCUCCCCGUGCACAGAGCUCUCGGCGCCACGAUGGCCCUCCCUGCCCGAGCACGCCCCUGCGUUAUCCCAGAAGAUGAAGAAGUCCCCCAGACAGCCCCUGACAGUGUCCCCGAGGCCAGUGGGAACGAAGACGAGAGGGCUGUGUCCAAACUGCAGCGCAGGCACAGUGAUGUGAAAGUCUACAAGGAGUUUUGUGACUUUUAUGCCAAGUUCAACAUGGCCAAUGCCCUCGCCAGCGCCACUUGUGAGCGCUGCAAGGGGGGCUUUGCGCCUGCCGAGAAGAUUGUGAACAGUAACGGAGAGCUGUACCAUGAGCAGUGUUUCGUGUGCGCCCAGUGCUUCCAGCAGUUCCCGGAAGGACUCUUCUAUGAGUUUGAAGGAAGAAAGUAUUGUGAACAUGACUUCCAGAUGCUCUUUGCUCCUUGCUGUCACCAGUGUGGUGAAUUCAUCAUCGGCCGAGUUAUCAAAGCCAUGAAUAACAGCUGGCAUCCUGAGUGCUUCCGCUGUGACCUCUGCCAGGAAGUUCUGGCCGAUAUCGGCUUUGUCAAGAAUGCCGGGAGACACCUGUGCCGCCCCUGCCACAACCGCGAGAAAGCCCGGGGCCUGGGGAAGUACGUCUGCCAGAAGUGCCACGCGAUCAUCGACGAGCAGCCCCUGGUCUUCAAGAACGACCCCUACCACCCCGACCACUUCAACUGCGCCAACUGCGGGAAGGAGCUGACGGCUGAUGCCCGGGAGCUGAAAGGGGAGCUGUACUGCUUGCCGUGCCAUGAUAAGAUGGGCGUCCCCAUCUGUGGUGCUUGCCGGCGACCCAUCGAAGGGCGCGUGGUGAACGCCAUGGGCAAACAGUGGCACGUGGAGCAUUUUGUUUGCGCCAAGUGUGAAAAGCCGUUUCUUGGACAUCGCCAUUAUGAGAGGAAGGGCCUGGCGUACUGUGAAACCCACUACAACCAGCUAUUUGGUGAUGUUUGUUUCCACUGCAACCGUGUUAUAGAAGGUGACGUGGUCUCUGCUCUUAAUAAGGCCUGGUGCGUGAACUGCUUUGCCUGCUCUACCUGCAACACUAAAUUAACACUCAAGGAUAAAUUUGUUGAAAUUGAUCUAAAGCCAGUCUGCAAACACUGUUAUGAGAAAAUGCCAGAAGAAUUUAAGAGGCGACUUGCCAAACGGGAGAGAGAAGCGAAGGAUAAGGACAAGCAGAGAAAGAAAAAGCCCGUCUGUCUGUGACCUUUUCUGUCCCUUCUGUCGUCAUCGUCCCUGCUUUCCUCUUCGGAAUAAAUUUGUGGAGUUUGACAUGAAGCCGGUCUGUAAGAAGUGCUAUGAGAAAUUUCCACUGGAGCUGAAGAAAAGACUUAAGAAACUAGCUGAGACCCUAGGAAGGAAGUAACCUUAUUUUAUUUUCUCUCCUCUAUGCAAAGAGAUACCAACUUACUUGACUUCUUCCACCCUUACUGAAAGCUGUGUCUCCCAGCAGUGGAGCGUGAAGAGGGCCUAUGCGGAUGGUUUUCUUCAUGUCCUUUUUCGCGUUAAAAAAGAAAAAAAUUGCAUAGUCCUACUUAAAACAGAUGAAAUCAAGUUUUGUUAGCCCUUUUCAGUUUGUUGACAUGUAGACUAUAUAGCAAAGCCACACAUUAAGAUCCUUUUGUAGUUUGUAGGCAUGAUGUCUGGGCGUUCAUGCCCACAUAUGAGAUGGGCCUCUCUCAAAUCUUGUUAUGAUGUCGGCACGUUACCCAACUGACAUUUAAAAACACACACACGGUUAAAUAUUAAAUUUUAGUGCUGGGCUCGGUGGCUCAGCCUGUAAUCCCGCG